GCCCAGCGGGCGCUGGGCAAAAGCCCCACGUGGGGUGGCGGCUGAUGUGCAGAUCGCGGCGGGAGAGAGGCGCGGAGUAAAAGAGAAGCAAUGCAGAAAUCCGAGUGCCAUAGAGGUGUACAGUUAAGAAACAGAGAGACAGAUAACUGUGAUCAAAGGACAUCAUCAAGUGCACAAAUAAAACAUAGGACUACAGUUCAACAAAGGAAAUCCUCCUCGUCAACCAGUUCUCCAGAAUCUGCAAGAAAACUUCAUCCUCGACCAAGUGAUAAACUUAACCCUAAAACAAUUAACCCUUUUGGUGAACAGUCACGAGCCCCUUCUGCAUUUGCAGCUAUUUACUCUAAGGGAGGUGUUCCUUGCAGAUUGGUCCAUGGUUCAGUAAAACACAGGUUACAGUGGGAGUGUCCUCCUGAAAAGCUUCCAUUUGAUCCUCUUCUUAUUACUUUAGCUGAGGGUCUGAGGGAGACUAAACAUCCAUACACCUUUGUGUCAAAGGAGGGUUUUAGAGAAUUACUUUUGGUCACAGGUGCUCUUGAAAAAGCUGUGCCUUUGCUUCCUAGAUUGAUUCCUGUGCUGAAGGAAGCUCUGGUCCACUUGGAUGAUGAAGUGUUUGAAAGAGGAUUGAAUGCUCUGGUACAGUUAAGUGUCGUUGUUGGCCCUGCCCUAAAUGACCAUCUGAAACAUCUGCUUACAAGUCUUUCCAGGAGACUAAGGGACAAGAAAUUCAAAGAACCAAUCACCACUGCAUUACAGAAGCUGGAGCAGCAUGGUGGAAGUGGAAGCCUUAUCAUCAUCAAAUCUAAAAUUCCAACAUAUUGCUCCAUAUACUGCUGAAGAAAGUAGCCCUGGUGACAGGUGUUAAACGCUGACCAUGGGUAUGCACGGAACCGUUUCAGGUUCACUUCACUUUACUCUUUUGUAAAUCACAACCACCCUUCAUUAUUGCUGGCUUUAGAUGAGUAUACACAGUCCCACUGAAUCAUAGUACAAGUUAUUCAUUAAAAAAAAGAAUGGUUAAUGAUGGAAAACUAUUAAAAAAAAGUUCUAUAAUAGUACAAUCUUGUGGGGUUUACUUUUUCAUAUUUUUUAUGGUUUGUGUGAGCAACAGUUAUUUGGUUUACAAUGGAUGUGUUUGUGUAUAUUUUCUAGUGCCUUUUGUAUAUAACAUUUAUACAGUUCGUGUGUAGCUGUGCACUUAUUUUUAGACAUUUUGCCAUUUCCUGGGUUUUAUAUUUAUCAAGUCUAUGAAAAUUUCAAAUAGUGGACAAACAUUUGUGAAUUCACUGUUAAUUAUUGUUUGUAAAUAUGUAUUUUAUAAUGUAGAAUGCUUGGAAAUAAUUUUGAGUAUUCUAGUUUUAAGAAAAAAAUUUUUAAUGUGUAAGUUCUCUUAUAAGUAUGGUUAUUUAUUACAAAUCGUUAAAACUACCUAAACUUUAGGUAUUAAGUAAAUGUUAUUUUUGUAAUUCAUAGUCUGAAAAUACUGAUAUUCAGUACAUGAAGAUACUCAGAAAUUAAAAUCUUAAAA